CCCGUUUCGAUUGUCAAUAUGGCGUUCUGACGGACCCCACUUUCCGGUUUGUGACGUCAGCGUCUGCGUAUUACUCGCCUUGCAUCAAAAGUUGUAGAAAAUGGGAAAACGCGUUUGUACAGUUCUUAAUUGCCGAAAUAGGCUGGAAAGUACCAAAAAACGAAACAAAGAAUUGGGAAUUAAGAAUAAAAGUCUUUUUAAAGCACCUAAAGACAAAAAUUUGUUGGAUCGGUGGACUGCAAUUUUAGGUCAGUUGAAAAGGCCACUUACUGAAUAUUGUUUCGUUUGUGAGGAACAUUUCAGCAUCGAUGAUGUUUUUCAUUCAAACGAUAUUUUACUAAAUGAUGGUACAGUACAUCAUACUAAAAAAAUAGUAUUGAAAUUGAGACCAAAUGCUAUUCCGAUAGUUGCCGAGAAUUUGACCGGUGACGAUUGUGAUGAUAUAAAUAUGGAAGUACCGUCCUUGUUCAAUAACGUUACUCCUCAAAGAAACGACAAUUGUGAACAAGCUGUAGAAUCAUCCACCGCAGAAAAUAUCAACCAAACUCCUGAAAAAUUAAAUUUUGAAAUGUCAAUAUCAACGUACUCGAACAUAUUGCUUCCAAGUUGUUCAUGGGGUGCAAUCAAAAGUGAAAAUGAAAAAUCUAUCACAUUUUUAACAGUUGACAAAAAUGAAGUGUUACGACGUUUUAAAAUUUGAUGAUCUAAGUGUACAAGUGCU